AUGUCUCCAACAUCUAAAGUUUUGCCAAAGUUUGCAGUGGGUAAUAAAGAAAGAUUUUGUUCAGUUAGUCAUGUUCCAGGUUGUGUUUUAUGGAAUUUUGGGGAAAAUUACGGCAAAAAUCAGGGGUUUACUAAAUUUUGGUGUGGAUUUUUCGGAACAGGGGCGAAUAUGAACUUAUGUAGCCAGUGGUACAGGGAUCAACUCAAGGCAGAUGAACAAUCAAGCUUAGCCAAAGCGGCUUUCGAGAAAUCUGCAAACCCUAAGAGAGCUCUUACAACGACCCAGGAAGAAUCAGUCUUCUCAAGUGAUUUUAGUGUUGCAUACGAGAUUGGGGCUUCGCCAAGUUCAGCAUCAUCGGAUUCAGCAACAUCCACUAGUAAUGGAGAAAGCGGUAUAGUAGCGAAGAAUAGGUGUUUUAGUUGUAAAAAGAAACUCGGAUUGACAGCGGAUAAGUGCAAGUGUGGACCAGUUUUCUGCUCGGCUCACCCCUACCCGGAGAAGCAUUCAUGUGAAUUCGAUUACCAGGGCGUUGGGAGAGAUAUACUUGCGAAAUUGAAUCCUCAAGCUAUCAAACACAAAACAUCUGAUCAGGUUUCUGAAAGACGUAGAACAAUUCUUAAACAGAAAGAACUAUUUAAGCAUCACAGUUAG